AGAGCUAAUUAAAAACAAACUGUGAAAAUGUCGCAAAUUAUUUAUUUGAAUUAGAAUUUAAACGUAUUUUUAAGAAAAAAGUGUAAUCUCUAGUGCAAUUAUGUUUCUGCCCGAAACAGCUGUGUUCUGCAUUACGCUGCUCGUCUAUGGCGCCAUUCUAUUGCUAUUAAUUUACUAUGUGUUGACGUUGGCCGACUUGGAGUGCGACUACCUCAAUGCUCAGGAAUGCUGUCGUCGCUUAAACUUCUGGGUCAUACCCAAAUUCGGUUCUCAUGCGUUGCUCUGUUUUCUGCUUUUAAUUUGCGGUCACUGGAUAAUGUUCUUGCUCAAUUUACCAAUGGUCGUUUGGUUAUUUUAUGAGCUGCAUCGCCAGCGUCGUGACAGUCUUGGCGUCUAUGAUCCUGUUGAUAUUCACAGUCGAGGACUCUUGAAGGUUCAUUUGAGGAACUGCAUGAUCUAUCUGGGAUAUUACUUUGUAAUGUUCUUCGUGGGAUUGUAUUGUCUCAUUUCAUCGCUGAUUAAAGGUGAUCCCAUCAAGCGGCACGAAGCGGAUGAGAUUGUCACCGCUUUUUAACCAACUAAGGAGCGCUCCCACAGCAACUAGACGCACAACGUAUUGACUAC